UUACUAAUGAACUGCGACGCAAAUAAUUGAAGACGAGAGGCUGAAGGAACUCGGAUUUUGGGCGAUUAAGAGUUCGCCGGCUCCAGUCAAUGGGCAUUGUGUUGGCCCGCAGAGGCCAGCCAAGAGCUAUCACGUGAGUCACUAUUGCGUACGGACUGCUGUACAAAAUCUGAUUAAAUCUUCAAUUAUUAUCAAAUUUAAUCCUCCGGACUUAAUGAAUCCCAAACUUAGGAGUACUAAAACUUCUACAAGUGUCAUCCAAAAUUGAAAAUGAAAGUAUUUCUUUCAUUCAAUUGUAAACCAAAAAUACAAAAUAUAAAAAUUGAUUUUUUUAAUAAAUAUAAUGAAAAAUAAAAUAUCAACUUUUUUAAAGUUACUAAUUUUUAAAUUGCUUUGCUUUGGUCUUUUUUAUAAGAUUUUCAAUUUUGGUUGCAUCAUGGAUUUCAACGGGGCACGUCACUCGGAAUUACGUAACAAACGCGAUGGAAAACUCGCAAAGAAUCAAACAAUUAACUUUUGUGUUCACUCUCAAAGUCUGAUUGUAAGACAAAGACACUUGUAUUCUCAAUGCCUUCAUUUUCUCCGGCAAAUAAACACCCCAGUGUGGCGCACCGUAGAUCAAAAGGCAGUCCGUGUCUGUUCUCGUUACCCCAUCGCGAUUAUUUUUAUUCGGCCUAAUGGCACUCCCAUCAUUCAAUAGACAAGAUAACCCUUCCUGAGUGAGAACAAUAAAAAUAAUGCAUUAGCCGCAGCCGACGGCGCAGCUUUGGAUUUGAGCAGAUUCGAUAAGAGAGAAGCUCGUCGGCAGCACGCGUGAAAUUAUUUUAAUUAGCGAGGGCAAUCACCCGAAAUUCGAGGUCAGAGGGGACAAUCUUGAAGGGAUGUGAGAUCGAGCGGGUUAUCGCUGGACCCGUCUGAAUACGAGGAUUUCUCGGAUUUGCUGCAAGUUUUUGCGCGCAUUUUCUUGCACAUGAAAAUUCGGAACGAUAAUAACUUUUUUGGAAAGUCUAAAUAAAUAUUUCCAAAAUAAGACUUAUUUACAACAAAGAAUGAUUUUAAUAAAAUUUCUAGUCAAAAAAUUAUUUAUAAAAUAUUAUGCACAAUAAAAUAAAAAAAAAAAUACCUUAAUCCAACUUGUCACGCUACUGGUGUAAAAUUUAAAUUAUGACCGUCAGGCAAUUCCACAUAGCUCAAUUUUUCAUUUUAUGAAAGAGCGCACUCAUUUCCUACAGCGGUAAUAAUUUUCUCUCUGUAAUCAACAAUCCCAUGCACGAAUCAGCAGUGACAAAUUACUUCCUCUAAAUUUAAAUAUCCUUUAAAUCCACUGAGAAUGGUGAGAACUUCAAUAAUAAGAUCAACUUUUUUUUUACCUUACAGCGAUUUGAACUUAUAUAAAUGUAUAGAUCCUUUACAAAAUUCAAAAUUUAGGCAGGACAAAAUCAUAAGUCGUUUUUAUUUCAUUUGCGGAAACUGACAUCCUGCUGUGUCGGCAUUGAAUUUAGUUGCAUGGAACGUUGCAGUCGCAACAGCGGAGCGCUUUAUGGAAAAUUUUCAUAUACCGUGGCCUGAAAAAAUGGUGAAAUCGUCUGCGUUGCUCAUCAUUAUUUUCACUAUAGGACCAACAAUGGCUCAGUUUGGGGGAUCGCCUUCGAGUCAAAAUAAUGCCAAGUUGGCCUCGUACUUUGAAAUCAAGAGUACGGACAAUUUUACAACGGUCAUGAAAAACGUGCGAACGCCUGCCAAAUUGGAAAUUCCAGCAGCUGAAUUCGACAAAAUCAUGAUCAGCUUGAAACCCAGAGGCGACAGCAAUUCCAUGAAGGGAAGGAAUAAAGAGCCAGACGCGGGAAAAGUGUCCAUGGCGACUAAUUCGGAAAUUGACAAGGGAAAGCCCCUCGAUAGUGGUCACUUUCCUUGGCACGCGGGGAUAAACGCCGACGGAACCCACUUUUGCGCCGGGGCUAUGGUUUCAAGCCGGCACAUUAUCACUGUCGCCCAUUGCGUAAAUGAUUUUGAAAACUUCACGAUCACUCUGGGUGAUAUAGACCGCAACCAAUUCGAACGAAACGUCAUCCUCAUGACGACCGACGCGAAAAUCGUGCACAGCAAUUACGAGCCGACCACAUUCGCCAACAACAUUGCCCUGCUGACCAUGCCCAUCCCGAUCGCCACCAACGGCAAUAACAUCAGGCCUAUAUCGUUGCCAAAGAGGUCAGACGCAAUUAAGACGUUCACGAAGGAGAGGGCCUACCUCACUGGAUGGGGAUUUACAAAUGAUGGAAAACAAGCCAACGCAUUGCUGACAAGGGCGAAUGUGACGGUUAUGGAAAUAGGCGACUGCUACAAAUUCUUUGGGACCUCUGUAAACUUCCAGCACUUGUGCACUUUGUCACAAGUUAAUACUUGUUUUGCCAACGACGGCAGCCCUCUCGCCUACCGCGACUCCGAAAACACGUGGAGCCUCAUUGGGCUGACGCACUUUCGCAGCGACGGAAACUGCGAAUCGGGCGACCCACUCGUCUUUGUCAGGGUGACGGGACUGCUCGCCUGGCUUUCGGAAAAAACUUCCCUCGCCGUUCGAAACUAAUUCGUAAAAAUUGGAAUUUUUAAUCGAUCUCAUCAGCAAAUUAAUUUGAAGUGCAAAAAUUUAAUUUUUGCUUGAAUUACAUUUAUUUUGAAAAGUUAUUGAAAAAUUGUUUCAUUUAUGUGC